GGUUAAAAAGUUUAGUCUACAUUUUUGUUGAUUUUAGUUGUGAAAAUGACCACCUCUUUAAAAAACUGUGACAUAUUUUUGGAAUGGUUAGAAGUAAAGGAUCAAAGUAUGUCAUAUGUUCUGGCAAAACUUAAAGAAUUUAUUGAGGAUCGAAUUGGAAGGAAAAUGACGGGCGAAGAACACAUAAAGGUUAAAAAUAUUUGCUACAAAUUGUCUUCUACGUGGAAAAAAUACUAUCGAAAGAGGGAUAAAGUAGAAAUGGUCUUAAAAGAUUGGUUUCUUAUGGAUACGUUUAAAUUUGAUUCGGAACCUGAUAAGUCUACAUCAAGAGGUCGACCACGCAUUAACUUUGAGGAAAGUUCAUGUAGAACAAAAAGGCGACGUGUAGGUGAACUUGUUGCAUCUACUUCGGCGGACAUCAUAACAACAGCUGCAAAAAGAUUUUCGAAUGUAAAGGAAACGGACAUUAUUUCAGUGGAAAAAGCAUUGGCGCUCUACGUGGAUAUGGAUUUAUCAGUUAGACAGUAUAACAUGAUGAGAAAUGCUGUAAAUGCUAUACAUAAAAAUUGUUUCCCAUCGUAUUAUGCUAUAGCAGAAGCUAAGAAAAAAUUGAUUCCAGAAAAUAUAGAAGUGACGGAAACAUCAAUGAAUAAGUAAACUGCAAAUAUUCAUUUAAUAUGGUUGAAUACAUACGAUUUCAUAGGCCAACAAAUCGAAAUUUUCAAGCCCCAUUGUAUGGGAGGUAUACCAAAUCAUGGUCCGAUCAAUUCAAUUUUUUGUCACUUGUUUUAUAGCCCAAAUUAGAAGUAAACUGCAGAUUUUCGUCGAAUUUGGGUUAAUACAUUCGUUUUUAUAUCCCAAAAGAGAGAAUUUUUCAAGACCCAUUGUAUGGGAGGUAUACCAAAUCAUGGUCCGAUCAAUCCAAUUUUUUGUCAACUGUUUUAUAGGCCCAAUUAGAAGUUACAUGCCAAUUUUCAUCAAAUUUGGUUGAAUAUUAACGAUUUUAUAGGCUAAAAGAGUGAAAUUUGGAAGACCCUAUAUAUGGGAGGUAUACCGAAUUUUGGUCCAAUCUAUCCAAAUUUUUGUAAUUUGCUUUUUAGCCCAAUAAUAAGCAUCUGUACAAAAUUUCAUCCACCUACGACAACUCUUUCUAUUUUUGGCCGCCGUUUGUAUGAACU